CGCGAUUACAGCGAUACGCUUGCCAUGCAUCCUUCAUCAUUAGGCUGCAUCUUUCUGGCCGACCGGAAGCGUCGGAAGAUUCAUCAGCACUCAAGACGCCGUCGAACGUCCGAGUAUUUUGUAAGAACAUAAAUACAGAUGCUAUCGAAGCCACGAUGACGGCAUCACAUUGCGUUUACAUUAUUGCUACACAACCGCAAGUAUGAGCUUCGAGCUUGCCAAGAAAUAUACCACUCAUCUCAUUGUCCAGCCUUCGGAUGCUCGACUUCAGCCGCCCGAGAGCUAUCUCUUCAUCCAAGAUGGGUUGAUCAUAUCGUGUGGCGUGUUGUACGCGCUCUGCUACAUGUUCUACAUGACACGAACAGCUAGAGAUAAGACUUGCGCUGGUGCCGUUGAAUAUUUGUGCGGCACUAUGGCGUAUGAGAUCUACUACGCGUUUGCCACAACGACGACCACCUUUGAGCGAUUGAGCUUCCUGGUCUGGUUCUUGCUCGAUGUUAGCUUUGCGACCGUGGCAGUCUUUUCAGCCUAUGAUCCCAACCGCAGAAAGGUUGUGGCUGGCAGGCUGGUCGGUGGAGUUAUCGCAGGCUUGGGUUUCCUUCAUGUGCUAUGCCAAUAUUUUCCGGAUGAGCGUGAGCAAGUGACGGCAUAUUGGACCGGACUACUCCUGCAGCUACCCAUUGGAUGGGGUUCGCUGUAUCUGCUUCUGACAAAGCGAGACACCAAGGGCCAUUCGCUGGAGAUCUGGGUGACCCGGUUUUUGGGAUGUGUAACAGCAUAUCUGACAUUUUUCUGGCGCUAUUGGAAUGUCCCAGAGAAUUGGCCUUACGUGGGGUCAUACUUGAGUAUAGCAAUAAUUGCGGUGACAAUGAUUCCAGAGGUGAUUUAUCCAUUCGUGUAUAUUCAGGUCCAUCUUGAUGAAGGCCGGCAGAAACAGAAGGUGGUGUGAAAGAAGGGCCGCGCUGGGGUCGCGACAUGGGGAGUCGAGAUGCAUUGGAACGCUUGUCGUUGAGCUAUGCGUCCCUCUUGGCUUAGAUGAGAUGCGUAAUGAGCUUUUCCCUUUAGUUAACGCG